UUUCAUUUCCAAAUUUUAGCUUUCAGUUACUGAGUUACCUUCCUAUUGGGCACAGCCAGGAGGUACUAUGGCCACUCAAAAUCUAUAUACUACGAUUGAUGAGAUGAGUUUUGGGAGAAAGAGAGAAACGUUCUGUGAGUUGAGAAACUUUUAUCUCGAACGGACAGAGGAGGAGUAUAAAAUGCUUAUAAAAAGCAUUCUCGAUACAGGACAGGAUGUUGCUGCAAGUAGAGCUUUUUUCUUGAAUCCUGGUGAUAGAAUUGUAAAUCAAGAGUCAUUAGAAAGUAUAGAGCGUCUUGAAAAGAUUUCUAUGAUGACCCAUUAUGAAGAAAGUUUUAAGGGAAAAACGCUAAGUGAACUGCGAGUUAUUGGGAAAACAAUCAACUGGAAUAUAAGCCAAGCUGAUUGUGACUUGAUAGAGAGUAUGACUCGUGAGCAGUCAUCUGAUCCGAUGUGGUUUAAACUAAGAUUUGGAAGAAUAACAGCAUCGAACUUCGCUCGUUGUGUACGGACCACAAUAGAGAACCCAUCAAAAUCACUACUUAAAACCAUAUUCGGUGAAAACCAAGUACAAAACGUACCAGCACUACUUCACGGAAGGCGUAAUGAGGCUAAGGGUGUUAUCGAGGCCAUCAGGAUCUUCAAAUUUCAAGGCCAUACCAAUGUUACCAACAGAAAAAGCGGAUUAGUCAUUGCUCCAAAGUAUCCGUAUUUUGCUGCUUCGCCGGAUCAAAUUGUUCAAUGUGACUGCUGUGGAGUAGUUGUCGUGGAAGUUAAAUGUCCAUUUAAUUUUGAUCUAUUGAACAAGGAAGAAGGUAUUAAUAUGCUACUACAUCGACAGCAGCCUUAUAUACGUCGGGACAAUAAUGGAAAUCUUGAAAUGUGCCACAGUCAUCCAUACUACUACCAGGUCCAGAUGCAAACUUUUUUAACAGGAGCAUCUUAUGGGAUUUUCCUAGUUUGGGCACCAAGAUUUUCAGUUUUUGUGAAAGUGGACAGAAAUGAAGAGUUUUGGAAUAUUCAAGUCCCUAAAGCACAAUCCUUUUUCCUAGAAGUGUUGGCACCAGAAAUUAUUGGGCGAUACUACUCUACACGGUUUUAGUAUGUAGUGUUGGUUUUUCUUUCACUGAUAUUUAAUUAUAUAAGGAACAACAUAACGCAUUAUCAACCCAUUU